AUGGCAGAUUACGCCAACCGGGCCAGCAUCGUCAGAACGAGCUCGUUCCUCAACAGACCCAAUCAGGCGCCCCUAGGGCCACGAACCAGAAACCGUUCCUCAGCCCUCCCCGCCCCAGAUGCGUCCACCUCAGUCCCACAGUCCCCGACUUCAUCCUCGGCCCCCGCAAGUCUCUUCCCAAAGCGGCCAGUUAGUACGGCAACAAACCCAGCGCCUCUGUACCUACCAGAAUUUGGACCACUAGCUUCGGUCGUUGAACCUUCAUUGCUGACGACGAUAAAUGAAGGUCCUGAUGCCGAUUCUCCCGCCGUGGAAGCGCCCAUCGACCCAACACAACGGCCACUACCCCCUUCGACUCCUCCGCCAUCGGUUCCUGUGGACGAAGCUACUGACGGACCGAACUCUGAUGAUGGCCAACCUAUCAUUCCUCAGGACCCUCAAGAAAAGGAAAUUAAACAACCAGAGCAGCCGGUGGAAGAAUAUGCAGGCGAAAUGCCGACUGUCCAGGUUGAGGAGGAAGCAGCUGCAGAGUUAGCAGACGAAGUAACCGCACGGGAGCCAAGUCUGGACCCAAUUCAAGCAGAAACUUCAGAGACUUCUGGGGACGCUGCUCAGGAUGUCACUGAAACUGCUCAAGAACCUAACACUGAACCCAUCACUGAAACACCUGAAUUGCCCACUGAAGACAUCGCCCAGGGCACACAGGAGUCCUCUGAGGAACUUUCCAAAGAGGAACGGCAACCAGAACCCGAUGUGACAGUGACACGCAGCUCAACACCAUUGUCAUUUUCGUCCAGUCUACCGCGCGUUGCCUCUCCACUUUCAUCAGCAUCUACCACAAACCUAAAGGCCGCUGCAAAUCCUCCUCCCAAACUAACCCCUCCACCCGCAAUCAAGUUUGAAUCUACCCCAGUGCAAUGGAAAGGUCUGCCGAUGGAAGCUGCCGUCUGGACUUUCGAUUCCAAAGAGCUCCAAGCGAUUGUAUCUCGCGCCAUUCGGUCAUCUGCGAAGGAAUCUUACAUCCGACUUCUCGCCAUCGACAUCCUCGAUAAUGUCCUCCCUUCAGAAGUCGAGCGCCUUGAAGCGCAAAAGACCAUGACGCAAGCCAAGUAUCGCUUCUUGGUUCAUCGAAGGACAAUGCAACUUCAAGCUCUGCUUUCCAGCUCUCUUUCACCUCGAAAUGCCAAGGAGACCGAAGAGGGAAUUCCAACUACCACAAAACUCGUAGUCCAGAUAUCCGAGACAACUGCUGAAUGCGACCUGUUGAUGGAAGAGCUAUUGAAAAUCACUGAUCAGCUCGGGCAAAUUAAGAAGCUUCUGGAUCACCAUUGGGCCAGCGCUCUGGCGAUUGCUCUGCGUAAGCUGAAUGGAAGUUACGGUAGACGGACCUCAGAGCUCUCAGUAGCCAGAGAGCGAAUUGCGCAGCUGGAGGCAGAGCUUGACGAUGCAUGGGCCGAAGCGGAGAAGUUGGCGCAUGAAUUGGACGAUCUCCAGGCGGGAUACUCUGACGAAGACGAAGCUAUCAUUGAGACUGCCGAGAGGGUGAAUGUAACUCCCGGUCCAGAUAGCCGCCCUAUGUCACCUACGAUCCUCACCUAUCCCCCGAUCCCAUCUAGCCCCACCUCUACUGAACGUGGCCAUCACCAUCGUGUCAGUGUUGGCAGUAGUGGUAUCUCUCCCACUGCCUCUACGGGCAGCAACAAGCUCAACCUAGGGUCAUCCCAGCCCCAAUUACCUCCACAUUCGCCAGUUUCCCCUCUCCUUAUUAUCAACGGCGGAGUUCCGAAGCGGCAGUCCAAAGGGAUCGAAACGCCCGUCGAUGUUCCGGAUAAUGUCAGUAUCAAGAGCUCCAGGAGUACAAAAAGCGCGAGAAGCUACAAGAGCAUCAGUCGAGAAACCACCGUUACCCGCGCCUCAGUUGUAUCCGCUGCAAAGAAACGAAGCCUCCGCGCCUCUCAAAGCAGCCUCCGCCUUCCACCCGGGUUCGCCAACGGCCACAAGCGAAGUGGGUCGCGCCCGAAGACUCCAUUCGACACUGAAGACCAACCUCCCGUGCCCAGCCUUCCUCUACACUUUGCUUCUCCUGUAAUGCACUCUCAUUCGUCCAACGCUUCGUCGGCGCUGCUCCACUUUGACAAUGCCUCGAUUACCGACGGCGGGCAUUCGGCUAUCCAGUUCCGACAUAACAGGCGUACCAGCUUGGACUCCCAUAUCACCAGUGGGCGCACAACGGCCAAUCCAUGGAGCGGGAGUGCUAUGGAUGAUAUGUAUGUCAAGUCUCCGCCGCCCAGAAUGGACUCCCUCAUUUAUUCCAAUGUCGCUGGGAGUAGUAACUAUUACCGGGACGACGAGAUCCAGGUUGUUCCACGGACACCGCCGCCAGUUGUUCCUCCGAAGAUCAUCUCGAUGGAAGAAUACGCUGCUCGCCCCCGGCCUAAGCGAGUCGGUGCCAAACCUGAAUCAGAAGCUGCACCGGUGGCCCGCCAAAAUAUACCCUCGAUCUGGAUGAACGUUGAUGCUCCCAAGACCCCCGCGGAGCGUGUUGAGACGCUGAUGCGGAAUUCGUCCAAGGGCAAGACAUACCAGAGGCUUCGAGGGUUGACGAAGCGAUAUUCGCUGCCGUUCCCGCUGUUCUCUUCCAAGGCUAACAGCAGUCAGCAGACGCUCAACAGCCGGGCGACGUCCCAACGGAGUGGAUGA